AUGUCGUCUCCUGGGUCUCACAGCACACCGGCGGUGCCGCCUUCCACUCCAGACGCCUCCUUCGCUCCCCAGCUUCCUCCCCCUCAGCUCGGCAAGCUCGACAUCUCCAACACUAAGUCCAACUCCAACGCGAGCACAGCGCCACCGUCGAAGAACGUGCUGCGAAAGUCCGUCAGUUCUCACCCAGCGUACAAGCGUGCGCAGGAGGCUGCGGACAGCGCUCGCCGCCAAGUCGGAAAGCUUCGCAAGCACCCGACGGCCGUGCGCGCCAGCGACGCUUGUGCCAAGCAAGCCCAGAAUGCUCGCGACCUGCUCGGCCGCUCCGAGGCUGUCGUCGACGCUGAGCGUAUCACCGGCAUCGAUCGCCUCUUCCUCGUCUUCGCGGGUCUGCUGCUAUUCAUCGCCUUUGUCCCAGCCAAUCUGUUGGGGCUGGCGGCUCCGGCUACUACAGCCAUCGUUGCAGUGCGCCCCACGUACCACUCGUACAGGGCUCUCACGGACGAGAAGGAGGACGUGAAGCAUCUUCUCACGUUCUAUGUCGCGCUCGGCCUGUUUCAGACGGUAGAGGGUUGUGUGCCGACCUGGGUUCUUGACAGAAUUCCCCGCUACUACAUGUGCAAGCUGAUCCUGCUGACUUACCUCGGUCACCCGCGCUUCAAGGUAGAUGACUGGCAGAAGCGCAUCACCAAGCAGCAGUCCCAGCAGCCGCAGCAGCAGCAGCCCCUCCAGCAGCCAGAGCCCCUCCGCCUUCACGUCCCCUACCAGGCUCAGCAAACCUAUUCCUCUUCCACCCCGACACCCCCCUGCGACAGCCCGGUCGGCCGGUCCCCCUCGCCCUUGGCCGCCUUCGGCGUGACGGUCGACACGCAGGCGCCGCCUGAGAAUAAGUAUGUCAGCUCGGACGCAGUCCGCAACGGUUCAGUCAAGAACUGGGUCAAGACGUCGGCCACGUCGGCCAUUCCUCGCCCUACCAUGCACUGA